AUGUCUACAGAAAGAAGACCCCCAUCGCCUGAUCUAUUCGACGAUGUCCUGAACGUUGAGUCGCGCCUUCACGACGCCGGCUACAACGACGGCCUCAAGGACGGCAACCAGGCCGGCAUCGUUGAGGGCCGCGGAUUCGGCCUCCAGAAAGGCUUUGAGAAGUUCCUCGAGAGUGGGCGCUUCGCCGGGAAAGCCAUAGUCUGGGCCAACCGUCUACCAAGCAAGCGGCCAGCGAACCUGGAUGACGCUGGAUCAGAGAAGACCCUUCCGCCGCUCCCAAACAACGCAAGGCUGGAGAAGAACAUUGAGACGCUCUACUCUCUGGUGGGCCCGAAGGUGCUGUCUCUGGAAAACUCGGAUGCCUCAGUCCAGGACUUUGAUGACCGACUGAAGAAGGCGGAAGGAAAGGCGAGGAUCAUUGAGCGGGUGGUGGGGGGAGCCGGCAGAGCAAGUUCUUGA